CGCGGACUGUUUUUGUUGACGGACAAAGCGGAAGUGAAUGACAAAUAUUCGAAACAGCAGCUUUUUCUCAGAUAUUCUGUAUUUAGCUGGGCUGCGGGGUUGGAGUUUGCUCGAGCUGAUCAAUGUCUAAUGCUGCAGAUCUUCCAAAAGCAGAGGAGGAGGAGGAGGUCACCCCGGAUUUACAGGAUCUGUCGGACGACAGCAGUGACGACGAGGCGGCAGCAGGAGCUGAGAUGGACUUCCUGCGGAACCUCUUCUCCAGCACUUUGGGCCUCGGCUCUGCAGAGAAGGUUCUGGAUGCUCUGACUCUGGAAGGAGUGGCUCAGUAUAUAAAGAGCGGCAAAUGUAAAAACAUCAUCUGCAUGGUUGGUGCAGGAAUCUCCACAUCUGCUGGAAUUCCAGAUUUCCGUUCUCCAGAAACCGGCCUGUAUGCAAACCUGCAGAAAUACAACCUGCCUUACCCAGAAGCCAUCUUCCAGAUAGAUUACUUUAAGAAACAUCCAGAACCGUUCUUUACUUUGGCGAAGGAGCUCUACCCAGGACAGUUUAAGCCAACCAUCUGUCACUACUUCAUAAAGUUGCUGAAGAACAAAGGCCUCCUGAGACGCUGCUACACUCAGAACAUCGACACUCUGGAGCGAGUUGCAGGUCUUGAAAAAGAAGAUCUGAUUGAAGCUCAUGGGACCUUCUACACCUCCCACUGUGUCAGCUUCUGCUGCCGUAAAGAGUACAGCCUGGACUGGAUGAAAGAGAAAAUCUUCUCUGAUGCCAUUCCCAAAUGUGAGAAGUGCAACAGUUUGGUGAAACCAGACAUUGUUUUCUUUGGGGAGAAUCUGCCGGCGCGUUUCUUCACAUCAGUGAAGAUGGAUUUCCCUCGCUGUGACCUUCUGAUUGUCAUGGGGACGUCUCUGCAGGUGCAGCCGUUUGCAGGUUUAGUCGGCAGGGUUUCCAAGAGUUGCCCCCGGUUGCUUAUUAACAUGGAAAAGGCAGGGGAGGCUGACCCCAUGCUGGGGAUGCUGGGAUUUGGAGGAGGCAUGGACUUUGACUCAGACAAGGCGUACAGGGAUGUGGCUCACAUCAGUUCCUGUGAUGACGGCUGCCUGGCUCUGGCUGACCUGCUGGGCUGGAAGGCCGAGCUGGAGGCUCUGGUGAAGCAGGAGCACGCUCAGAUCGACAGUAAAGACAAGAAGGAGCAGCCUGGAGAAGCUGGAGGAGCGGCGGCCAAAGCCAGCUCGUCCUCUGUGAAGCCAGAGGAGUGACCUCACUUAAGCCGACGGCUGGUAUCUAAGUUGGAUCAAGACUUCAGGCUGAUGUCAAAAUUCUAAUAUCUUUUGCACUUUUGUGACUUUUCCACGCUUUCUGCUGUCGCUCAUCAUGUGACUGCAGCCCGCACAGUUAUGCUUCCUGUUUGACUAAAACUGAAACCAGGUGAGAUGGUCUGCAGCUCGUUUGACUCUGCAGUGAGACGAACAUAAAAAUCAAAAAUUUGCUAUUUAUAGCAUUUCAAAGUGAAACUGUUUACAUCCCAAAUGUUCUUUGCAGAAAAGUAACUCUGUUUUUCUUUAACUUAGUUUAGUGAUUUUUAAUCAUAUUUAAUCUCUUUAACUUGAAGUGUUUCAUCGUCUCUUAAUUCUGAUGCUUAUUUCAAAAAGUCUUGGUUUGAAGAAAUGCAGCAGGUUUUUAUAAUAAAUGUAAAAAUAAGACAUCGGCAGAACAGAAUUGAAAUUGAACAGAAAAAAACUGUUGAAACCCAAGAUCAGAAAAAACAUAAGCUUCGAUGAACUGAAAUUAUCAGCAACUGAAGCUGAGAUCCAGGUUUGUGAUCGACUAAAGCAAAACCUGCAAUAAACUCAACCUUGGUUCA